AUGUAUUUUGACCGGCUUUCAUUUCUUCAGAAGACGGUAGAAAACAAAGAAACGACCUCAAACAUACAUGAAGCCAAAAAUGAAGGAAUUCAAAACAUUGACCAAAACCAAGAUAAUUUUGUUAAUGCACGUGAAAUACAAUCAGUACCCAAUAAAAGGAAGAAUACUCAAAUUACUUCAGAAGAGCGAUUGGCUGACAUAUUAGAAAAUAGCAUUGAAUCAAGGGAUAAAAUACAGAGACAAUUACAAGAAAGAAUGUCAAAGCAAGAUGAUGAUGAUAAGCUUUUUUGUAUGUCAUUGUAUAAAGAGUUAAAUAAAAGUCCCAGAAAAUAA